AUGCCUCGGACACAGAAAUCCACAUCAAAAAAGAGACGAGGGACCACUGCCAAAAGACAGACCAAUUCCAAACGGGACACGCAUCAUACAAAUGUGUCGGAUAAGAAAAGGGUCACCACCACGACACAAACAGACAAUAAUACGCCAUUACAAAAUGAUUCAUUCGUUACACCUCCGGCUAUGGAUACUAUGUAUGAUUAUGUGGACAAUGUGAAUCAGGGUUAUAAUUAUGUGGACAGUUAUGCUGAUCAGUGUUGUGGGAAUAACCCAGCCCAGGGACGUACAUUUGCGGACCCAAACAUAUAUGGACCAGAGCUCGGAAUCACUCAUGCAUACGGGCCUCCACCACCGCCACCGCAGCAUUAUACACAGGGAUCAAAUAUAGCCCAAUACUCAAGUCAAUCCUGCCUCAGGGGUAUUCGGGCCUCCACCACCGUCUCCGCAGCACUUGGUACACAGGGAGCCAAUCUAGUAACUCCUACCUCAUCAGCGUUCAGGCCACCACCACCGGCACCUCCUACCCCAUCAGUAUUCGGGCUUCCACCAUCAGCACCUCCUACCUCAUCCGUGUUCGGGCCUCCACCUCCGGCACCUCCUAUCUCAUCAGUAUUCGGGCCUCCACCACCGGCACCACAUGUUAUGUCACAAUGUCAAGGAACCAGUUCGAGCCCCCGAUGUUACAUGGAGCCAACACAGAUACGCCCGCAUCAGGUAAAAUUACUUUCAUUUCUGUGGUAUCAGAUAUGGCUAUACAUGUCAAUGCAAAUAUUAAAGAAAAAAUCUUGA